AUGAGUUUCGAUCUCACUCCGAUGGUGGAAGAAUUCGGCCACUUGAGGAAGAGGUUUGGCUCCGAAACAGAUGUCUUCAAUCAGAAUGUAUAUUAUACAAUAAAUCUUCAAGUGGGCUCCAAUAGACAGAACAUUAGCGUUAGGCUAGAUACUCGUGGAGGACAUUUGUGGAUUCCCGCAUCAGGAGGAAAUAUCGUAGGAGGUUACCAAUGCAGCUCUACUAACAUAUAUUUCCCUGAAAAUCUGUUAACUUUUCAAAAUGAAACAUCUUUUGAAUUUUCUGCUAAUUAUAGUGGUCUUGAAACAGUCUUCGGGUAUUCGGCUAACGAUACCAUCUACUUUGGAGGACGAGAGCAUUAUCAGGUUUUUGGGGCUGCGACUAACUCUACCUGUAUCGGGAUGUUAGGGCUAGGAUUUCAAGCUGCCCGCUACGUGGAUUUUGAUUUUAAAUGGUCGUUUCCCACUUUUCUUUGGAAUUUUGCAGAAGGGGGUACUGGUUUUGCUUAUUCUAUUUAUCUUGGCCCCAAUAGCGUGGGUGAAGGGAAGCUCUACUUGGGUACAGUUGAUCUUGGUAAGUAUGAUGGCGAGCUUCGGGUAGUUCAAAUGGUGGAUCCAAGUGUUGGCAAUAAUGUACAGACUGACAUCGUGAUCCUUUUGGAUGGAAUUCUGGGGGAAGGAUUCAGUAUUCCUAUUCAAAUUCCAGUGACAAUAGUAUUGGCUUCGACAUUUCUGCUGUUACCAUACGAAUAUGUGAAAAAUGUUGGCAAGCAACUUGGAGCGGUGGAAGAGUCUAGAAACUUCCAUCGCUUGGAUUGUAAAUUAUUGAAUCUGACAAGCCUGGUUUCGUUCUAUUUCUCCGGAGCUGAGAUCCAGGUUCCGAUUAGAGACUUGCUCAAGCAGAAAAACGGACAAUGCUACCUAUCUCUCGAGGUCGCUGAAUUUCCCAGUGUGUUGGGAUUAGACGUACUCAAGAGUACCUAUUUGGUAGUCGGGAUGGGACGGCGUCAAGUUGCUUUAGGACAAGCUGCCGUUUCCCAAAGGAGUAGCACACUCGAACCAAUUUCAUUUACUAUUCCAGAUGUGGUUACUCCCAAAUAUUAUUCACACACUCUGGCUAGAGAGAAAUUUUCAAUGGCUUUUGGAGGGGCAUGGAGUACGUAUACCUUUGAUGAUGUCUCUUACAGCUACCUGAUGUACACCGGCAAUAGAACCGUGGAUUUUGGAGGUGUAGUUUAUCUGUUGACUCUGGAUGUUGAAAGCACUACGACAGAAUUUGAAGUGACAGAUUCCAGUUCAGGUAGCCCUCAAACGGAAAGCGUGACUGAUGGAUUAGGCAAGAGCAACCUGGGUGGUACUGUGAUAAAUUCUCGGUUGUUCAGGGCUCUUAUUAUUAUGAUCAUGUCAAUUAUUUGA